CGCAGUCGCCCGGCGGCGGGCGGGCUCGGGUGGACGCGGCGGCGGGCGCGGGGCUCGGGGAACCGCGUGUGCGUAGCCAAGCGGAGUCGGGGCGCGCCCCGGUCGCCCCUCCCCAGCCUUGUCAUCUUCGCUGACCUGAGGCGGGGGCUCGUCUCUGCCGUGCGCCCCGCCCCGGCCCCGCCCCGGCCCAGGCCGCCGGGUCCGGGAGCCGGGAGCGCUGCGGCAGCCGGAGCAGGUAGGGAGGCCCUGCGUGUCCGUCCCGGCCGUGCCCGCGUCAACAUCCCGGCCGGGCCCGCAUCUCCAUCCCGGCCGUGCCCGCGUCUCCAUCCCGGCCGUGCCCGCGUCUCCAUCCCGGCCGUAUCCGCGUCUCCAUCCCGGCCGUAACUGCGUCGCGUCUCCAUCCCGGCCGUGCCAGGCAUCUCCACCCCGGCCGUGCCCGCGUCUCCACCCCGGCCGUGCCCGCGUCCCCACCCCGGCUGUGCCCGCGUCUCCGUCCCGGCCGUGCCCGCGUCUCCAGCCCCGCCGUGCCGCGCCGAGCAUCCCGGCCCGGGCGCAUCAAGCCAGGGCGAUGGCGGAGAAGGCGCUGGAGGCUGUGGGCUGUGGCCUAGGACCCGGGCCUGUGGCCAUGGCCGUGGCGCUGGAGGACGGGGCGGAGCCCCCCCUGCUGACCACGCACCUGAAGAAGGUGGAGAACCACAUCACCGAAGCGCAGCGCUUCUCACACCUGCCCAAGCGCUCUGCCGUGGACAUCGAGUUUGUGGAGCUGUCCUACUCUGUCCGGGAGGGGCCCUGGUGGCGCAAACGGGGCUACAAGACGCUGCUCAAGUGCCUGUCGGGGAAGUUCUGCCGCCGCGAGCUGAUCGGCAUCAUGGGCCCGUCGGGGGCGGGCAAGUCCACAUUCAUGAACAUCUUGGCAGGAUACAGGGAGUCUGGGAUGAAGGGGCAAGUCCUGGUCAACGGGCGGCCGCGGGACCUGCGGACCUUCCGGAAGAUGUCCUGCUACAUCAUGCAGGAUGACAUGCUGCUGCCACACCUCACGGUGCUGGAGGCUAUGAUGGUCUCUGCUAACCUGAAAUUGAGCGAGAAGCAGGAGGUGAAGAAGGAGCUGGUGACCGAGAUCCUGACGGCGCUGGGCCUGAUGGCCUGCUCACACACGAGGACAGCCUUGCUCUCCAGUGGGCAGAGGAAGCGUCUGGCUAUCGCCCUGGAGCUGGUCAACAACCCUCCGGUCAUGUUCUUCGACGAGCCCACCAGUGGUCUGGACAGUGCCUCCUGCUUCCAAGUGGUGUCACUCAUGAAGUCACUGGCGCACGGGGGCCGCACGGUCAUCUGCACCAUCCACCAGCCCAGCGCUAAGCUCUUUGAGAUGUUUGACAAGCUCUACAUCCUGAGCCAGGGACAGUGCAUCUACAAGGGCGUGGUCACCAACCUGAUCCCCUACCUGAAGGGGCUGGGCCUGCACUGCCCCACCUACCACAACCCUGCUGACUUCAUCAUCGAGGUGGCCUCGGGCGAGUACGGAGACCUGAACCCUGUGCUGUUCCGGGCGGUGCAGAACGGGCUAUGCACCAUGGCCGAGAAGAAGAGCAGCCCCGAGAAGAACGCGGUGCCUGGCCCCAGCCCCCCAGGCCCUCCGGAAGUGGACACCAUUGAGAGGCACAGCUUCGCCACCAGCACCCUCACUCAGUUCUGCAUCCUCUUCAAGAGGACCUUCCUGUGCAUCCUCAGGGACACGGUCCUGACCCACUUGCGCUUCAUGUCCCACGUGCUCAUCGGCGUGCUCAUCGGGCUGCUCUACCUGCACAUCGGUGACGACGCCAGCAAGGUUUUCAACAACACCGGCUGCCUCUUCUUCUCCAUGCUCUUCCUCAUGUUCGCCGCCCUGAUGCCCACUGUGCUCACCUUCCCCUUAGAGAUGGCCGUCUUCAUGAGGGAGCACCUCAAUUACUGGUACAGCCUCAAGGCCUACUAUCUGGCGAAGACCAUGGCCGACGUGCCCUUUCAGGUGCUGUGCCCGGCCGUGUACUGCAGCAUUGUGUACUGGAUGACGGGCCAGCCCUCCGAGACCAGCCGCUUCCUGCUCUUCUCCACCCUCGCCACCGCCACAGCCUUGGUGGCCCAGUCUCUGGGGCUGCUGAUCGGAGCCGCCUCGAACUCCCUCCAGGUGGCAACCUUCGUGGGCCCCGUGACCGCCAUCCCCGUCCUCUUGUUCUCUGGGUUCUUUGUGAGUUUCAAGACCAUCCCCACAUAUCUGCAGUGGAGCUCCUACCUCUCCUAUGUCAGGUAUGGCUUCGAGGGGGUGAUUCUGACCAUCUACGGCAUGGACCGCGGCAACCUGACGUGUCUGGAGGAGCACUGCCCCUUCCAGAACCCGCAGAGCAUCCUCCGGGAGCUGGACGUGGAGGAUGCCAAGCUCUACAUGGACUUCCUGGUCUUGGGCAUCUUCUUUCUGGCCCUGCGGCUGCUGGCCUACCUUGUGCUUCGUUACCGGGUCAAGUCGGAGAGAUAGAGCCUGCCCCCCCGCCCUGGCCCACCGCAGCCUCCCAGCAGGAAAGCCCCCAGCUCCAGCCCUUUGGGACUGUUUUAAUGUGGUAGACUCGGACCCCGGCAGCUGGGGCCGGCACCACCUUGCUCUGGUUCCUCCACAGGCUGCCAGCUGGACUGGGUGCCCACCCAGCCUCAAUCCUGGCGCUGGGGCGCCAGCCCUCCCCACCAAGCCAGGCCCCUGUGCAGUUUGUAGCUUCCUCUCUCUUCUCUCUCACAUCUGCAUGCGAACCCCAUUAGGAGGCCGCCCGCACCCCAUCCUCAGCACCUUCCUCCCCGCCGUCUGCUUGGCUCUCCAGGCACCCCUCCCCCAACAACUGACCAAAGUGGCCCCCUCCGGGGCUCCCACCACACAGGUGUUUGCAAGGUCGGGGUUCCAGGGCUGGCCCUGGUAGGGUCCCCUGGAAGUCUCAUUUGGAAGUUGGAAUAGAGCAGGGAAGGGCUCUGGAAGUCUCUUCCUGUUCCGCCUCCCUCCUCUGCACCCCGCCCCCAGACCCUAACUGGUUUGGACAGAAGCUGGGUUUUCUGUCGGGAUCAUCCCUCCCCAGUCCCGGGGAUUGGGGAGGCCUGGGCAAUGGGGUGCCCCUGUCCCUUCCCCCAUCCUGUGUGGGAGUGGGACCAGGGCAGCUCCGCAAUAACUUGCCUCUCUCCCACCUCCACCCUAACAGGAGACUGCACUUUACUGGGAUGGGGGUGGGAGUAGGCCACA